CAAAAUGUAAGACCUCUAUCUAAAAAAGUAAGGCCUUUAUCUCAAAAAGUAAGACCUCUAUCUCAAAAAGUAAGACCUCUAUCUCAAAAAGUAAGACCUAUAUCUCAAAAAGUAAGACCUAUAUCUCAAAAAGUGAGAUCUUUUCUCUAA